UCGAGAUGCCUUCGGGACGUGAAUGUUGAUGACGAUGAUGUGAGGCGUGUGCGUGUGAAUGCGUCGUUUGUGCUCCGCCGUCAGUCGAUAGGAUUAUAGUAUUAGUUAUAAUGCCGAGUUAUUAACCGCAAUUACACAUUAGCAUUAAUAAUAAUAGUAAUAGUUAUAGUAAUAAUAAUAGUAAUAAUAACAACAAUAACCAUUAAACACGAUAUACGUGUGUAGGUGGUUGGUACGACGACGUUUUUUAAUACCGAUCAAUCCGAUAACCGAUUUUUUAAAGAGGUUCACCGUAUCGAUUUUUUUCGGUUUUUCCGUCCGUCGCGUGGGCAUCUCGAUCGCCGGAUAUCGCUGUGCACGGGAAACGGACCAGCUUUUGCGCGAGCGAGAGGAACGGACUCGUCGCCGCCGUGUCCAGUUUUGUUGCUGUAGCUGACCGAUCUUUUGCCGCCUACACUCGACGAGAACAACGACGACCACGGCAGUCGUACGACGACACUGUCAUCGCUGUCCGAAUGGUGGCCAGCCACCGUCCAAAUGCAGUUGACGUCCAACUUGGCGGCCGCCGCCAACUAUGCGAUCCCGUGACGGACAACGUAACAUUUUGAUUCAGGGUGUUAUGCGUUUGAGCAUAAAACAAUGGGGGCCAACAUGGGUAAGAGUUCAGCGUCUUUGCUGGAUGCACUCCCUACACCACAAAGUCAUUUGCAUGUAGUCAUGUUGGGCCUAGACAGUGCUGGUAAGACUACAGCUCUCUACAGACUUAAAUUCAAUCAGUACCUAAACACAGUUCCUACAAUUGGAUUUAACUGUGAAAAAGUAAAAGGAACUGUAGGAAGGGCCCGAGGUCAAACUUUUCUUGUGUGGGACGUCGGUGGACAAGAAAAACUUCGACCUUUGUGGAAAAGUUAUACCAGAUGUACUGAUGGUAUAUUAUUCGUUGUGGACAGUGUAGAUGUAGAACGGAUGGAAGAAGCAAAAAUGGAAUUAGCCCGCACAGCGAGAGCUCCAGAAAAUACAGGUGUACCAAUUUUAGUAUUAGCAAAUAAACAAGAUUUGCCAGCAGCACGAGAUUCAGCAGAAUUAGAAAGACUUUUAGGUUUAAAUGAACUUAAUCAUUUGUGGCAUAUUCAAGCAGCUUGUGCUAUUACUGGGGAUGGUCUUCAAGAAGGUCUGGAUGCGCUUUAUGAUAUGAUAUUAAAACGCAGAAAAUUAGCUAAACAAGUGAAAAAAAAAACUCGAUAAAUUAGUUAAAAUAAUGGUGUAACUAAAAUUAUAUAUUAAAACACAGCAAUGCUGUUGGGAUAAUGA